CUCCACAAGCACAGGCCCAGAUUGGCUGGAGAACCGUCAACCGUCCAAGAUCCGAAUCCCCGAAAUGGUUGGUACGGGUACUGAAUCGGCUAGUUCAAAUUUGUGGUUAGCUUCGAAUCCCAGUAAGAGAUGGGGCGAGCUUUUCUUUCUUUGCUACACUCCUUUCUGGCUCACUCUCUGUUUGGGAAUCGUUGUUCCUUACAAGCUCUACGAGAGCUUCACGGAAUUGGAGUAUUUGCUCCUUGCUUUGGUAUCUGCAGUUCCUUCUUUCUUGAUACCAAUGAUAUUUGUUGGGAAGGCUGACAGAAAAUUAUGUUGGAAGGAUCGUUAUUGGGUCAAGGCCAGUCUCUGGAUAGCAAUAUUUAGUUAUGUUGGAAAUUACUUCUGGACCCACUAUUUCUUUACAGUUUUGGGAGCCUCUUACACUUUCCCAUCUUGGAAAAUGAAUGAUGUACCACACACAACUUUCCUUCUCACACAUGUCUGCUUCCUGUUUUACCAUGUUACCUCAAACAUGACGCUUCGCAGGCUGCAACGUUCGAUUGCUGGUAUGCCAGAUAGCAUUCGCUGGGCUUUUGAGGCAGCAUGGAUUUUGGCUCUUUCUUAUUUCAUAGCAUACCUGGAGACUGUAGCUAUUUCAAAUUUUCCUUAUUAUGAGUUUGUGGACCGGGCAUCAAUGUACAAAGUUGGGUCCUUGUUUUAUGCUAUCUACUUCAUUGUAAGCUUUCCAAUGUUUCUAAGGGUUGAAGAGAAACCUGGUGAUUUGUGGGACUUGUCCCGAGUUGCUGUUGAUUCUCUGGGGGCUGCAAUGCUGGUAACCAUAAUACUUGAUUUAUGGCGCAUAUUUCUGGGACCUAUUAUUCCACUACCAGAUACAAAACAGUGCCUUCGGCCGGGACUACCAUGGUUUUCUGGACAUGGGAAUGCAACUGGACAAACGUCUCUGUAAAAGGAACUUGAGUUCAAAUCAUCGCCAAAUAAGUAGUACUCGUGACAUGUGUUUUUUAAGUGAUUCUGUAAUAGCAGCUCUAGUGGUAUGUUGCUGCAGAAAUGUUGUGUUUUCUCAAGGCCGGGUAGGUACUUUUUGAUAGGCAAUGGGUUUUUAUUUUAUUUUAUUUUAUUUUUUGUUGGUGGCUCAAAUUUGGAUUGAUCAUCUACCUAAACACAUCUUAGGUGAAAAGUCAUGCAUUCACACGAGAUGUAUUUGGUUUGUCUAAUUUUAUCGACUUGUAUUAUUAGCCGUCUGAAUUAUCAGCCUAUAUCAAUUGUUCUAUCAACUAAAUUGACAAUAGCUAA